UCACCUUACUGUACCUGGUAACGUUACUUGGUGUUAGAUCCCCCUUUGUUAUCCAGGUUCCACCCGUCAUAAAUCCCGUGUGGUGCAAGUCUACAUCAUCAUACACUACGUUCCGUGCGAUGCAGAAGGGUGUUCGUGGCGUGUUCCAAAGCCGAUGGAUAGUCCUGAUUCUCGGGGCCGCCAUCGGGAGCUGUGUGACACAACUCUUCACCGUCCCGGCACUGCCCCACCCCACGGUACCCGCCAGACGGUCAUUGGAAAGCCCCGAAUGGCUGUUACGUACACGGGAAGGUCAGAGAAAGUCCGAGAAAGGAAGGUCUGAACACAACGAAGACGUCCAGUCGAAGGAAGAAAGACUCCCAGCCGCUGGUUAUCAACCGAGAAAGAUCCUGCUGGACUGCGGUGCUAACGUGGCGUCCACAGUCCAGUUGUUUAGGGAGACCUACCCAGACGGGCAGGACUUCAUCAUACACUCCUUCGAGAUAGACGAGAGGCUGGCGCCGUUCUUCGCGCCGUACCCGAAUCAUGUGCUACAUUGUCCUACCGGUGUAUCCAACAAGGACGGAAACAUGACGGCCUACUCAGAGGCAGUCUGGUCACCAGACAAGGGAAAGAACAACGGCAGAGACAUGCAGUGGGGAGGAGGUUCACUCUUUGCGUACGAUAACGAGAAAGCGGACACCAAGACAGGCGGCAAACGGCAGUUGUCCCAUCACCGGACGGUGCCGACAGUGGACUUGUCCCGCUGGAUACAGGAAAACACGGCGGUGGAAGACUACGUCAUCUUCAAGCUUGACGUGGAAGGCGCCGAGUACGAUAUCUUAAAGAAGAUGCUGGAAGACGGAACCUUUAAGUGGGUGGACAAAUAUUACGGAGAGUUUCACCCCGGGCAACCUGUCACAGGCUGGGACAAAGAACAGAAGGCCAAACUGCCCUCAGAAGUAGGAAAGAAAGGCAGACCAAUGGUAACUUGGGCGGCUGAAGUCAGGACCUACGGUGACUUUGACACCUUGCACCCUCCAUUGGCACCAGGGAGUUUUGUCGGCUCUCCGGGCACGGUGUACUCCAUCUGCUCGGCGCCCCUCUCGGGUGCCCCCCGCCUGGCGCUGGCUGUCCUAGUCGGUAUGAACGUCAAGGCCGCGCACAAGUUGGUACAGACAAUAGCAGCUCAUUCGAGCAGGAUGCCGGUCACGCUCUUCCUCUAUGGAGACUUCGUGGAAACGUUUCCCGAACUGGUGACGGAGUGGGCCAGAACUUUCACAAUAGGCAUGCGUGAGAGUCAACCAUUUCCUCUAGGACACUUCACUCUGCAGGCACCCAGCUGGAUCAGACUGGGGUUGGUCAGUACCAUGCAGCGCCUGAGCGAAGUGGAUCUACAGACAGCCUACUACUUACCUGAGAACGUGACAGACGCCGUGGUAACCCAGGCCAAGUCUAGGGGCCUCAGGAUCAUCCAACCGACGGCUCGCUUCCCUCCAACCGAUGAAAGAUGGCUCCUGUCGGUUGCGAACUACUACAAGUACAGAGAUGUCGAGAGGGUUCCCAAAGCUCUCCGCGUCAUCGCCAACCAACUGGACAACAAGGGAGGCAUCGUCAGUCUGGACUCGGACCACCCCGACAGUUACAUGAAUUCGGUCUUCCUCAUGGACUAUUUGGUGGAGAAGUCCGGCUAUAAUCUAGUCAGCAUUGCGGGGUGUCUGGAAUAAAUUUUUAAUUGUGUUUGUCUUCAUAAGAUUUAUGCCUCAUUGAAUGCAUACAUCUUAUGAAGACAAACAUGAUUCAGAAUCAUGGAGCAGAUUACUCACAAUUGCCACCAAUGGCUGAUAUGUUUUUUUUUCGCGAGCAGGUUAAGUAAAUCAGUGCCUUAAUUGUCAAAAAGACACUUUUUUUACUAAAGUAAACAAGAUCAUAAGAAAUGAUAAGCCGAGCUACAUUCCAUGCACACUGGUCUACCAUGGUGAUUACUCCGGAGCAAUUGCAACUUUUCUUUCGUGUCCCUUUUUAUAAUCAUAGGGGAGAAGCCGAAUCCAUGUGGGGUAGUACUUUAUCAUACUUCUGCCAACCUGUAUAACGUUAGAUGUUUCGUUUAUAAAUCAUAUUGUGACGUACA